AUGGCAGACUAUGGGUUCCCUGUAGUUAAAAUGGAUUUUCGUUAUGCAGUCAAAAGUUAUUUGGACAAAAAAGGUGUCCACAUUUGUCAGUUCAAAAACAAUCUCCCUGGCUAUGAAUGGAUAAAAGCCUUCUUAAAAAGACAUGAGAAUCUGGCUCGUAGGAUAAAUUCCAAUAUGAAAAAGGUCAGAGCCGAAGUAGAUGCUUCUCUCAUCGAAAAUUACAUUGAUAACCUCAAAGAAGAGGUUAAAGAUGUUCCCCCAAAUAAUAUAUUCAAUUACGAUGAGACGAACCUUACCGACGACCCUGGGAAUAAAAAGGUUAUCUGUAAGAGAGGAGCAAAAUACGUGGAGUACAUUUGUAAUUUCAGUAUAAGUGCAACAUCAAUAAUGAUGGCUAGGAAUGCUGCAGGCGACCUCUUGUCUCCAUAUGUUGUUUAUAGAGCUGAGCACUUGUGGUCCACAUGGACUGAGAAUGGUCCUGAAGGAACUCGAUAUAACCGCUCUGAAAGUGGGUGGUUUGAUGCAGUAUGCUUCGAAGAAGAGUUCCAGUCAACAUUGUUACCAGGUGUUAAAAAUCUAGAUGGUCCUAAAGUUAUCAUUGGAGAUAACUUAUCUUCUCACAUCAGUUUGCAUGUGCUUAAGCUCUGUGAAGAGAAUAAUAUAAGGUUCGUUUGCCUCCCUCCGAAUUCAACACAUCUAACGCAAUCAUUAGACGUUGCCUUCUUUGGACCAAUGAAAAGAUCGUGGCGUGACAUCCUCCGCAAGUGGAAAGAAUCAGAUUCAGGUUCCAAAUUUGCAACGAUCCCUAAAGAUUUGUUUCCACGAUUGCUAAAAGAGCUAAUGGCAAUUUUGGAAGAAAAGCGAAGAGACAAUUUGACGGCUGGAUUUGCCAAAUGUGUAAUCCAUCCCUUAAACAAGCAAACACUACUAGACUGA